UUUGUGCACUCCCCCUACGAAGUGCCCGACGUGGCGUGCCGCAUUUUCCAGUCACCGGAGAACUUCUACAAAACGCUGGAUAUGGCCGCGCUAAGCAUAUUCAGUACUCCAGAAAUCAGAAACCUCUCGCCCAAGCAGAGAGGCUGCCGGUUCUCGGAAGAGAGCGACUUGGAGAUAAGUCCAAUUUAUACGUACAACACAUGUCGGAACCAGUGUCGAAUGGACCAAGCUAGAAAACUAUGUGGAUGUGUCCCGUACUUUUACAAGCCUCUUAAAAAAUAUACAAUAUGUGAUGUCAAAGGGAUGCACUGUUUGGAUCAAUAUAAAGAGUUUCUUAUAAAACUCCGGAAUACAACAGGAGUUGAUGAAAAAGUAAACUGUGGUUGUUAUCCACCUUGUGACGAUGUUAAUUAUAUCGUAGAAGGAGACAACACAAUGCAAUGGUUAAUAGGAACCAAUUUAAAGUGGGGACUUAUCAAAUAUCCUCGUAUGCGUUUGAAAAGAAACGUUUUAUUCGGUUUCACUGAUGUUUUAGUUUCAAUUGGAGGCACUGCAGGCCUGUUUCUUGGAUGUUCGGUAUUAAGUUUCCUGGAGAUAAUUUACUUCUUCACAUUUCGCCUGGCAUUUACGUCAUUGUGUACCACCACCAUGCGUAGGAUAUGGACGUAUUUCAGCAACAGCACGAUACACGGCUUCAAUUACAUAGCCGACAAACGCCGUCACUGGACGGAGAGAGUAUUUUGGGUGUUGACAUGUUUCAUAUCAUGUCUUGCUACGAGAUUAUAUCUCCAAGCUACUUGGUACGCUUACAACAACAACGCCGUUAGCUUUGUCACCGAUACCACGUAUCUGGAUUGGAAUACGAGUUUUCUCUCGUUAUCGAUUUGCGAACAAGAGUCGCCGGACAAGUUAUACGACUUGGCAUCCAAGAUGUACGGCACUGAUCGAGAUUUGAAUAUUGAUUUUUAUCUAAGGGACAUCGCUUUCUACGACGGUGCGUGUUACUCGUGCAUCACGCACUGUCAAAAGGGAACAUUAAACUGCACCACAGACUACGAUCAAAUCAUACGUGAAAUUCGGUCGGAAUGUCAAGAUCUGAUUGGAAAUUGUUAUUGGAAUGAUGAACCAUUCGAAUGCUGCGAUCAAUUCUUACCGAUAACGACUGAAAAUGGUGUAUGUUUUAUUGUAAACUCCUUACACACAGUAAAAAACGACGGCGAAAAAUUAAAAAUGAUAUCAAACCGAAAAUCGGGACCAGGCAGCCUUGCUUUUACGGCGUACGAGUCUAUAAAACUGUUUAUACACUCACCAGAAGAUUUGCCUUACGUAAACCAUCCACAAGAAGAAAAAUUUUUACUGAGUUGGGGAGUAUCGUUUUUGAUGAAAUACCAGAUUAAAGAGAUUGAGAACGAUCCGCUGUUAAAACAAGUAGAUAUCAAACAGAGGAAUUGUCGUUUUCCGGAAGAAAACGAUUUAAAAGUGUACAACGUAUACAGUAACUCCGCGUGCAUCGUGAACUGCAGAGCUGAAGCUCAGCUCAAGAUGUGUAAUUGUACUCCACAUUAUUUGAAGAUUCCGGGAACGCCAAUUUGUGGGAUCGAAGGUCUUGGUUGUAUAACUGAACAUUCAGAAUAUUUCCGAGCACUAAAGACUCAUGAUUUCAAUAAGCUGGGAUUAGUGUGCAAUUGUAUAUCUAGUUGUACUGAACCAGAAUAUAAUGUUUUGAGCAAAGAAAUUGGAACCUUAACUACUGAAGAGCAAGAUAACGAGGAUGUUAAAUAUGGAUCAAAAGUAAUUAUCGCAUUAGAUAGACUACCGAAUGAAAGACUUAAAAGAAAUGUAGUAAGAUCUCGAAUGGAUCUCAUUGUAUCAAUCGGAGGAACUUUAGGUCUAUUUCUUGGAGUGAGCCUGUUAAGUAUUGUUGAAAUAGUUUACUUCUUCGUUGUUUGGACACAUAAGACACCACAGAGCAUUACGAAUAACGUCAAAAGAAAAAAACAAGUUCAUCGACCAAUUCAAAACAUUAAUAAUUUACCAUUUUUACAUUGAAUUACUUUAUGUACAUCUAAAAAUUAAU